AUGAGGUGGUGUGUUGCUGUUGUCCUGGCACUGCUGCAGCUCUGCAGCCCAGCGCUGCAGGCUGAGCCGCUGCUCUACGUGUCCCAGGUGGAGGACGGGCGAGAAAAUCCCAGCAAGCCAUGGCUGAACCCCACACUGGGGGAAGUUGUCCCUUCUCGGGAAGGCAUCAGCCCUCCUACAAUGAGAGUGAUCCCAGAGACCAAGACAAGCUCACACUCCUUCCCAAUGUUUGCUGAACAUGUCAACCUCCAGUGGGUCACAUGGGAUGGCGCCCUCCCAGAGGGCGCUGUUGCCAUCUGGAAUGGCUACACUGAACGCACCGACUACGUGUGCAAAGUCAACUGUGAGGCUGGCUUCUACACUCCCAGCAAAGGUGACUUCUGCCUGUACCCCUACGCUGACAGAGAGUACGCAUCCUCCAAGUUUGAGGUGCUGGUCAACGUGGACCACUUUGAGUUCCUGGAGUGGACUGAAGGUUCAUAUGGGUCGGCCCCCCAGUACGCCAUCAAAACCUGCCCCAGCUCAGACAUCUACGUGGGGAAAAACAAGUAUGGUCUUGGCAAAGUGGUGACCCAACACGAGGCCUUCUUCCUUCCCUGGGAGGGCAAAGAGUAUUGGUACAAGAAAUACCAGGUCCUGGCAAUCAACAGAGACAGCUACAGCCAGCACAUCUCUCAUGUGGAGUACGCCAUUGACCAGAUAAAGCUGUUCCACAACCCCCCCGAGGCCCUGAAGCUUGCCAAGGUCACCAACCUGGAGUGUAGAAAUGUGGAGAAGACAGUGAAGCUGGAGAAGACCAGCACGGUGGAGAAGACCUGGGACAUUGGCAGGGAGACCCGCAAUGGCACGAUCUCCACCAUGAAGGGCAAAGUGCCCAUCAUCACCCCGGGGAAUGUGGACUUCACCAGCAAGGAGCAGCUGGUUACCUUCUCAGAGGGGACCACCAUGGUGGAGUCUAUCAGUCACGAGGUCUCUGUGCAGCUGCUGGUGCCACCCAACCACUCUUGUGCUGUGAGGAUGGAGGGCAGAAAGAUGAAGGCUGACAUCCCUUUCACUGGCCGGCUGAGCAGGACCAACCAUAAGGGGGAGACCCACUGGUCGUACAUCACAGGCACCUACGAUGGCGUUAGCGUCGGCGAGAUCAAUGCUGUGGUGGAGAGAUGUCAGCCGGUUCCUGACCCUGUUCCCUGCUCCCCAGCUCAAGCCUAA